GUCGUUUUAAUGUUGUGGUAAAAAAUGUUGUGUUAAAAAAAUAUAUCCAAAUCGAAAAAAAAUGAUGGAUUUAUCCGGUUUUGAAACUUGUUCCAUGUCAACCAGUGUAUCAAAUUAAAAGUACAGCUACGCCGAUCGAGUCAAGCCAUGGCGUUGUUCAGCUGUCAAUUGGAACGUGAACCUACAUAAACGUGCUUGGCUGUGGAACCGUUCUUCAGUUGUUUUAGUACUACACCGAGUUAAAGAUACCCACUACUAGUGCUAGAUUUUCAGUUGUUUUUUUUCUAUCGUAUGCAAAGUGACAUAUGGCAGUUGUUUUUGUUUAUGGGUUAUGACAGUUCGAAUUGAGUGUUGACUGGAUUUUUUUGAAAUAUGUGAGGUCAGGAGAUAUGUGUAACAGAACAAUACAAGAAACAAGACGUUUAUAUAUAAUUAUGUAUGAUAAGCACUUACAGAAAUGAAGUUUAUAAUUUUGGCAACUGCUAUAAGUAUAGUUGCUUCUAUUAGAGUACCAACAUCAUGGGAUGAUGUAGAGGAUGAUAACUACUUUCCUAAAUUUAAAUUAGUAUCAAAACGAUACCAAAACAAUGUAUACAAUAAUAAUAAAAAUAAUAGGAAACCUGUACAUAGGAUGAAAACACCAAAUGCAUUCAGCGAUACAGACUGGAUGCCCGUGGCCCCGCCAGAAUAUUUUAGCAGAGUAAAAAAUAAAUUCAAACCAAAUAAACACAAGAAUUACGAUUUCAGAGACAUCGACUUUCUAGAGAAUUCCAAACCCAAUUUAGUCGAAGUAAAAGGCAGAAUAACGAAUGUAAACCUAAGGCAACGUAAGCGAAAUAACGACCCAGAGUUUAGUCUAGAUGAUAGCGAGAACGAAUCUUCAAACACUGAAGAAACGUACGAGAAUGAUGACGAAGAAAAACCCUUUGUGCCCACAAAACAGUACACAAAAGUCCGCAGGAGCGAUUCGUAUGCUUUUCUACCACAAGACGAAAAUCCCCGUUUGAAAAAAGUCAUAAAGGAGACCAGAAUUCACACCAUAUACACCGAAAAAGGUACCGAAGAUGAAGCCUACGACCAUGCUGACGAAGAAAAACAAUCGGAAAACGGGGAAAGCUUCGCCAAACAUAAGAUAGAGAACGCGCCAAAAGAUGCUGAGAUCGAAGAGACCCAAACCAGCAUACACAAUGUUUCACUGCACAAUACAACCCACAAGAUGGAUAGAAGAAAGAGGGAAAUCAAGUACCCAUACUACGACAGCGAAAAUAUAAACAAAAACUCUCCUUUAAGGUACUCAGAAAACCUCGCCAGUAUACCACCGAAAACUCAGGACGAAAUGGCGUUCUACAACCAAGCGAUAAAAAAAUACAAAUGCUCCGAAACACUCCCCAUAGAAGACAUUAAAGAGUACAAUAAGACUGUUGGUAACACUACGGUAACAAUACCACAAGAGGUAUCGAAGAAUGGCAACCUAGGCGACCAAAUAGACUGUUUUAAAGAGAUGUAUUUCGGCAAAAACCCACUGGAUAGCCCUUUCUUCGAAGAAAAAAACGUAGAACCUAUAUCGGAUGACAUAGCUGAGGAAUUACCUCCAAAGACUGAAAAAACAAACCUUAACAUACUAACAGACAUUAUAGGCAAUGCCGAAAAUCGCCAAGCAAGACUUCUAGAAGAGCCAACCGUUACCACCGAUGAAGAAACACCUGAAAGUCAAGCCUUAAUCCUUAGACGCAGAUAUAGAAAAAAUCGACCGCAUUACAACCGAUACAACGACUAUAGACACCAUAAAAUUCAACCAACGAAAACCACAGCUACAUAUCAUCCUUACUAUGAAGAUACGUAUGUACCCACAAGCACAGUGCUUCCUAAAUAUAUGGUUGUCAGUGAGGUUUUUUAUAAGGACGAUAUAAAACCUAACGAGCAAUUAAAUGUGUUCGCUGAUGUCAUUAAUAACAUCAAGAAUAACUCACGGAGAGAUUUAAAUGUUGAUACCUCUGAACCUAUAGCGGUUAAAUUGAAUGUGAACAGGUACAAAAUUGAGCCCAAGAAGAUUAAAAUUCUAUCAAAAAAGCUUAAAAUCAAAACCACCACUGAAGAUUAUACAACAACACCCACUACCAGUAAACCUAGGGUAAACCUCAGAAAACGUAUUAAGUAUGGUAGUCAUAACAACCAUAAAGACCAAAGCAUUGAAGAGGCAGAAAAUAAGGAAAAUAUCGCUGAAAACUUAUUAAAACCUCAAAUUAAAUAUAGAAGACGUAGGACAACCACUACAACCCCUUCUCCAUCAGAGGAAGAAACAUUGAAGGAUGACCCUACACAAUCAUUUGUAGAAGACGCCACCCAAUCGGUUGAAGGUCUUAUUCCUCCGGAAGAUUUGAAUUAUAGAACAAUUAUACCCAAAGAUAUUGACGAUGAACACCUUAACAAAUAUAUUGUGCCCGGUAUGAGACCGCCAAAGCAACAGGUUCCGAUUUUGUACUCAGAUUUUAGAUUGACAAGUAAGAAUAAGAAUAAGAAUAGGAGAAACGAUUAUUAUCACAGAAGAUAUAGAAGAGAGGCUAAUAAGCCUGCCUAUUCGGAAUAUUCGAGGAAUAGAGGUAGACAAGAAGAAACAUUAGACAAAGUACCUAGUGACAAUGACGAUGACGACGACUAUGUUCCACAUAGACCAAAAAAUUACCACUAUGAUGAAAAAUUGGGGAAAAUUGUAUAUCAUGACACAAAAACAAAUGAUGAUGAAGAGGACGAAGAAGAAGAAGAAUACGUGGAAGAAGUAACAACGAAAAAAUCCAAACCAAAACAUAAAACGACACCAAAACCGUUGGUGGUAACAAGUCCAAAACCUGGUGAGAGCUUUAUAGACUACGUUAAAAAGUUAAAAUCAAACUCAAACUACAAAAUGAUCGAGGAAACCACAACCACAGAAAAACCAACCACAACCUUGAAACCUAUAAAGGUUAGCUCUUCAAAUGAAGCACCACAGUUCUUGAACUUACUCUCCAAGCUACACAGUGAUAGUAAGUACAAAGCCAUUGAAAAUGAGGAAGACACAACGAAGAAAGCAAAACACAACAAAAAGAAGGAACCUGAACCCAUCGUUCAAGAAGCAGACGAUGAAGAGGAUGAAGAAGAUGAGGAGUUGGGUCCCAUACAAAACUCCCCAGGUGGACAAGGUUUGUCCCAAAUCGACCCAAACUUCCAAAUAUUCGACGUAGGGGAUUUUAUACCCAAAGUAAAAAACUACGUACCCAGAACCUCGAUUGAUUACUCAAAGUACAAAACCAUAGAGCGUCCUACUACUCCUUAUAACACCGAAGAUGAAGAUGAAGACGACAAUGAAGAAAGUAAAGCACCACCACUCGAAAAGAUUACUGAAAGAAUGGAAGACGUAGAAAAAUCGACCGAAGAAGUUAAAAAAUCCACCACCCCAGCUCCAGUGGAGAAGAGCACAUUUAAAAUAAGAGUUAGGAAUAGAAAACGACCCACCACCAAGGCUCCCAGAAAGUCUUCGACGACAACAACCACUGAAAGAAUAUACAGCUCAACCACAGCAGAAACAGUCCAACACGAUAGCAAAGCGAAGAGGAAUUACAGAAGAAGGCCAACUAGAAUACGUCUGCGUACUACAACAGUAAAAUUUCUGGAUGAAGAUGUAGAUGACACCACUAAAGUAGUUAAAAGAAGAUCGUCCAUGAUCAACGAUGGUAAUUUCCAACCAAUAUAUGUACCCGAUGAUAUACUGGAAGAAAGAAACGAUGAUGAAGACUUGAAGAACAACGACGAAGAGUUGAAAAAUGAGGAAAUAAUUGAAGAAACUUUAAGACUACCCAAAAAUCACAAAUUAUCAAAUGAAGAUACUUUAAGACUGCACAAAAAUCACAAAUUAACAAACGAAGAUACUUUAAGACUACCUAAAAAUCAUAAACCAUCAAGUGUCGAAGAUUUCAAAAAUGAAGAAAGCCUAAAACUACCUAAAAAUCAUAAACUUUCAAAUGUCGAAGUCUUCAAAAAGUUUGACACAACUAACAAACAUGGCGGCAGCUACAGAAGAUUGGAGGAUACUCCAUCAAAAUUAAAUGAAGAAAUUUCAAACCAAAGCAAAAAUAAAGUAAAAACGCGUAACAAAAAAAUAAUGCCAACAGAAAAACCUCAAAAAACGCUGGAUUAUACUGACUCUUCUUUACCGAAAAUGGUGAACCAACUGAAAUCAAUAAAUGUUGAAGAUAUUAAUGUCGAUGACGACCAGGGCGAUAAUGAAGAAAAUUUCGAUUAUUACGAGGAUGAAGUUGAGAUUAAAUUCGAAGAAAAUAAAAAGAAUGAUACCAAGAAAGAGGUCAAUUUUGUUAAAGAUCCUAGCAAAAGGUUGUACUAUUACUUGUCGUAGUUUAAUUUAAUAUUUUUAAUGUAAUUUUAUUUAAUAAAUCGA